UGUCGCAUGUUGAAUACGUCAUUUUUAAGCUCACAAGUGUGGCUGACGGGAGUGGGAAAACCACACGUUUAGCCCCGAAUUGAAUGAAUUGAGGACAAUCGUACUUUUACCCGGUUUGUGGUUAAAGAAGAUGAAUUCUCUCCUCAAGGUGGACAAUGAACUCAAAACUAAGGUCGAUGCUUUCAGAGAACGAAUUACUGGGGAGGCGGAGGAGUUAGUUGCAAGUUUUUUCCCAAAUAAGUUAUUGGAACUCGACCAUUUCCUCAAGGAUCCUGGCUUAAACAUCUGUGAACUGAAGGAAAUACACUCAGAAAUCAACUUGACUGUGCCAGACCCCAUUAUACUCUCGAACCUCCAUGAUGGACUUGAAGCGCAAAAUGCCAAAAAGAGGAAGAUGGAAGAUGGCUCUGGGGAGGACAAGGUGGCUGGCACCAAGGUUUUUGUCAUGCCCGGUGGGAUGAUGAAGAGCAAUGCCAAGCUGGUGGACCUGAUCGAGAAGGUCAAGCCAGAGAUCAGGACACUGAUAGAGAAAUGUAACACGGUCAAAAUGUGGGUUCAGUUGCUUAUCCCAAGAAUAGAAGAUGGCAACAACUUUGGAGUUUCAAUUCAGGAGGAGACAGUUGCUGAACUCCGAACAGUGGAGGGAGAGGCAGCAUCUUACCUCGACCAGAUAUCCAGAUACUACAUCACAAGAGCAAAGCUGGUGUCCAAAAUAGCAAAGUACCCACAUGUGGAGGACUACCGGCGCACAGUGACGGAGAUUGAUGAGAAAGAAUACAUCAGCCUCAAGAUCAUAGUUUCAGAGCUGAGAAAUCAAUACGUAACGUUACACGACAUGAUCUUGAAGAACAUUGACAAGAUAAAGAAGCCUAGGAGCAGUAAUGCCGAGGCGUUGUACUAAGACUGACACAACCACCCUUCCCCUGCCAUGUUGUCAAGUUUUACGGUACCCCCAAGCCUGGGUUUGGGUCGUCUGACCGUCUAGAGCUAGACCAUCACACCCAGAUCAGUACAAUCCAGAAACCAUAGCCCCAGUAGAGACAACCACACGCGUAUUUUCGUUUUUGAUUUGUAAAAUAUCGUCAUUGUUUUAAAACCCUUUCAAGAAUACGUUAUGAGAUUGCUCGACGAACAGAGAGGUCUAGAAAAAGUGCUAUGUAUUUUUAAAAAUGUAAUUAAAAAACAUUUUGUCCAUGCAUCUCC